UCGCGACCUCACAUUCCCAACACUUUACAAACAAAACAAAACCAGAGGGAACACCCAGCUCUUCAAAACACAGCGUAAUUGUUUCUCUCUCUCUCUCUCUCUCUCUCUUCAGGGUCAACCUCUUGUCAUGACGCUGUUACAGCAACUAUGAGACCGGGCUUUUCGGUGCUGUAACAUCGUAAUAUGUUCAAGCCAUAGUUAAAAAUGAGGGUCUUCGUUAGAAUUCACCUGAUCUGCCAGGUUUACUUGGAAGAAAUCAUUCCGCCAAGCUUUAUAUUUGAGUAUAGCUGCGGGAUCGAAUCACUUCAGUUAAUCAAAAGCCUUUAGUACUGGGGAAGGACUGAGUGCAGGAUCAUACAGGUGUGCCAACACAUAGAUUCCACUUGUUGGCACCACCGGUGAUCACGAGAUCAUGGCAAAACACCAGCACAGAAAGGACGCUUGGGAUGCUUCGGGGACGUCGGUUGCAAUCGAGGCACCUCGAAAAAUUUCCGACCAAUUUUCCCUACUUUAAUCUCACGCCCCUGGAUAUUUUUCCUUUUUAAAAAAAAAGGGAGGGGGAGGAAAGGCGGUUAGCGCGCUGAUACAGUUCGUGGGGCCGAACCUUUUAGCUCCUACUGAUCACUUCGUGGAAGCUCGGAAGCCGAAGCUCCCAAGCGCCACCGCCUUCCCAGAGCGGAAAGCGCCCCAUUAGUCUUGCGCUGGACGCGAAGGCUGGGCUUGGAGAGAGCCCUCGGUUGCUCCCCCUGUGCCCGGCCCGGUCUCAAAGACGUCAUGGGAGGGAGGUAUAAAAUUUCAAGCGAGAGAAACCGAAGCAGGCAGUGCGCCUGGCGAGAAAAGGCAGCGGAGGCGACGGCGAAGGGGUCCGAGGGGAGCUCGGCGGCGGUUUGCGAGCGGGACGGCUGGCUCUCGGCGGAAGACAAGAGGUGGCUUCUGCCAGAAACUGGGCACCCGGGCGACGGCGGGCGAGCUCCGAAAGCCGGCCAGGGGCACCGCUAGCCGCUCUGCCCGCCCGCGCCCAGCUCAGGAGCGAGAAGAACGGCAAAGGCAGGUCGGGCACAUCUCUUGAGGGGACCCCGUCUCGGCGCACUUCCCACCGGCAUGGCGAGCGACGAAGCCGCCGGAAUGGAGCGCAGCGGCCGCCGCAAGUGCGCUCUCGGCCCCUGACCCGUGCGCUCCCCGCGGAGUCUUUCGGGCGUCUGCCCCCUCCGAAGCUGCCCAGCGGCGCGGCGGGAUUGGGAGCCCGGGCGAGGCGGUGAAGCCGGCAGCUCGUCCCUCCCCCGGCCCGAUUUGCCCCCUCGCCCUCAUGGAGAGGAACCCCGGCGGGGCGGGGCGCCGAUCCGCUUCCUCCUCUGCCUGGAGAGCGGCCGGCGGUUCUUCCUAGGCUAGGAGUCCAACCCGCUCCCGAGGCCGGCGGGGAGAUCCUUCAUGCCCCUUCUCGCCAAGUGCCAAACUGCAGGAUCUGCUUGGUCGCCCGCGCCUUUCCGCCCGCGCGCUUUCCUGCGGAGUUGCCCCGCCGCCCUUUCCCCACCUUGCCCCACGCCUGAAGAUGCACUUGCACGGGACUUUGCUGCUCCUCUCGCUCCUGAGCUUGGCCACCGUCAGCCUGUCGCUCUCCUCCUGCACGACGCUGGACCUGGAGCACAUCAAGAAGAAGAGGAUAGAGGCCAUCCGGGGCCAAAUCCUGAGCAAACUGCGCCUCACCAGCCCUCCGGAGAGUGUGGGGCGAAGCCACGUGCCCUAUCAAGUCCUGGCUCUGUAUAACAGCACUCGGGAGCUACUAGAGGAGAUGGAGGAGGAGAAGGAGGACAGCUGCUCUCAGGACAACUCGGAGUCCGAGUACUACGCCAAAGAGAUCCACAAGUUUGACAUGAUCCAGGGCUUUCCCGAACACAAUGAGCUGCCGCUGUGCCCCAAAGGAGUAACUUCCAACAUGUUCCGCUUCAACGUGUCUUCAGCAGAGACAAACAUCACCAGCCUCUUCCGGGCAGAGUUUCGGGUCCUUCGCUUGCCAAAUCUCAGCUCCAAACGUUCGGAACAGCGUAUUGAACUCUUUCAGAUCCUGAAACCUGAUGAGCAUAUUGCAAAGCAGCGGUACCUAAGUGGCCGAAAUGUACUGACACGGGGCUCUCCUGAAUGGCUGUCCUUUGACGUCACAGAGACUGUCCGUGAAUGGCUUUUGCAUAGAGAAUCUAAUCUGGGACUGGAGAUUAGUGUCCAUUGCCCAUGUAACACUUUUCAAUCCAAUGGUGACAUUCUGGAGAAUCUGCAUGAGGUGCUGGAGAUCAAAUUCAAAGGGAUAGACGGUGAAGAAAGCCAUGGUCGUGGGGACUUGGGGAGCCUGAAGAAGCAAAAAGAUCUGCAAAACCCCCACCUGAUAUUGAUGAUGCUGCCGCCACAUCGUCUUGGGAGUUCAGCUGUGAGAAGCCAGAGAAAGAAACGAGCACUGGACACCAGUUACUGCUUUCGGAACCUGGAGGAGAACUGCUGUGUACGUCGUCUCUACAUUGAUUUUCGUCAAGAUCUGGGCUGGAAAUGGGUGCAUGAGCCAAAGGGGUACUUUGCUAACUUUUGCUCCGGGCCAUGCCCCUACCUUCGUAGUGCAGAUACCACACACAGCACGGUUCUUGGUUUAUACAAUACUCUGAAUCCUGAAGCAUCUGCUUCCCCCUGUUGUGUUCCCCAGGAUCUGGAUCCCCUGACUAUCUUGUAUUAUGUUGGAAGGACCCCAAAAGUGGAACAGCUGUCUAACAUGGUUGUGAAAUCUUGCAAAUGCAGCUGAAAAGGACCCAAUGCAAUUCACAGCUCAGAAACGGCAACCACUACCCCUGAUCCCAGAGUAAAACUCAAGCCUAAAUCCAUUUCUGCCUCCCUGACUUUAUCACCUUGUUUCCUCAUGAAGGUUUUUUCCUCCAUUUAUGGAUAUUUGAGGAAAUGGACACAAUACAAGCUAGAUUUUUAACGGAUAAAGAUCACCAAAUAAGGGAUUUUUCCAAGGAGGAAAUCAUGAACAGAGCUGGAGCAUGCAGAGCAUAUAGGAAAACUAGACCUCUUUGCCCAUCACUAAUUUUUCAUCGAGGUCAACCUUUUUCGCAGGAGGAGGAUGAUUGGUUUCCUUUUAACAGAACAUAUUUUAUUAGCAUCCAUACCAUAAUGGAAGUAAUUAUUCUGCAGACGAGUGAGCACAGGAAAUUUGUGGUCCAAAUAGGAAUCUUUCUCACAAACUCUUCUCCAUUUUCUCUUUCCUCCUGGAACACCUGCUGGAGGGCUUCAGCCACAGAGAUUGGCUUUGUCCUUCUAUCCCAACCCUAUUCUUUGGUAAUCUUGAGGCUGUUGUAGCGGUUGAGAUCUUUAAAAAAAAUCUGCCCAUCUUAUACAAGGACUUAGCCUAGGCCACACCUGCCAAAAUUUUAUACAAAAUGUUAAUCUCAAUAUUGUAAAAAAAUAAAUAUUUUUCUUUUGGAUAUUAGAAUUUUAUGUUCAAGAAAGUUGUUUCCCUAUGAAAAGGAAGAGGUAUUUCUACAGCUGUAGAAGAACCCACAUAGGUCAGUUUAUAGCACUUAUUGCAGCAAGAAGCCACCCUUGAUUAAAACCCCAUUUUCAGUGACUGAGAGUCAUGAAGGAAAUGGCAAUGCUGAAAUGAGAUUUGCACAAGGCAAUGACCAUUUGGGUCAGUUGUUGUUCACUCUUCACUUGGUAGUGUUGGAUUAAUGUUUUACUUUUCCUAAAUUGCUUUUAAAGAUGUGUUAAACCUACAAGAAGUACUUAUAUUAUUUUGAACUAGCCCCACUUUUUUAAAAAUGGAAAAAAAAUCACUCCAUUUGCCAUUUAUGUUCCCAAGGGACUAACCUGCAGACAUGACUAUUUUAUUAUUAAUUUUUCCAGAAAAGCAAGGAGAUUGACCAAUCUAGAUAACCUUGAGAGACAUGUAGCAGGGUGAAGGAUUGGUUUCCGUUGUUAUGAACAGAUGUUAACGUAAGUAUCACAGUGAAAGGGCUCUCUGGUCUCCUAAGGUCCUAACAACUGAAGACCCCACACUUUUAAAAUAACAGUUGUUUCUGUUGCUUCAACAAUGGAUUCAGAUAUAUCCAAAAAGCACUACCAUAUUUUCUGGCAUAUAAGACGACUUUCUAAGCAUGCAAAUCGUCUCCAAAGUCGGGGGUCAUCUUAUACGCUGAGUUGUCUUAUACGCCGGAAAAUACUUUUGUCAACCUGAUUGCUGACACAUUUUCCCUAUUGCUUACUUGUCAGUUUCACAUAUUUAGACAUUGGGUUGAUAAUUUUUAAAUAAUUAACUACAAAGGUAGUAGACAGGAUGAAUGAGGAAGCAGGUAUAGGGUGAUAAGGGACUUCUUCUCUUUGCCCCAUCACUGUGGCACUGUUCUAAUUCUCCUGUAGCAUGGAAGUAGUCAGUAGUCACCUCAUGCAGAUCAGGACAAUAAACAAAGAUGUUUUAUCCCCUGCUUCCCCCACCACCACCAUCACCAUUUUGGGGUUUUAAUCACAUUGGAAGGUUUUUGCUUGAAUUGCUACUGAAAAGAAAACUGUUGGAAGACCUGAAGGACCAGGUUACAGACAAAGUCUUCUAGAGAAAAUCUAUGUGGAAUGCUAAGAAUCAUACUUAUUUUAUGGCACAUAAUCAAUCAAUCAAUCAAUCAAUCAAUCAAUGAAAGCAUAACAGAUAUUCCUCAAGAUGAGGAAGAACACAUUUGGCUUCCAAACCACAUUGAGGCCCUUAUGCAGGGAAUCAGAAAACCACUGUUUCGGCACUCUUUUUCUUUUUUUGCUGCAAACAAGACAAGUGGACUAUUGGAGUUUGUCAGUUCAGAAUGUGAUACUGAAUUGCAUAUUGCUCUCCUUUAUUUCUGUUAAACCGUAGCUAGGCCUCUCUCUAGCACAACCUUAUUACUGUUCACUUUCUAUCAUGCUGUUCUAAUUGCUAAUAAGAAACAUUUUUAUGAAACAUGAAAAAUUCCAGAUACAGCAGCUGGGGUGGUAUCAAUCUAUCAUAUCAACUUUUUGGCUAAGAGCCUGUGGCAGGAAAACUGAAAUUCAGAUAAGAGGGUACUUCCCACUCAUUGCUUAGCUUUUAGCCUUCUAAUUUUUCUUUUAAGAUCUCCUUGAUAUAUAACAAGUUAAAAGUGAGGCAAGUAACUGUCCCAAGGACAUACUUUACUGUGUUUUAACUUUUGUGCACAAGAGAUAUCUCUUGAUUUCUGCAAUAACCUAUAUAAUUUUGAAGUGAAAUAUUUAUAAAUAAAUGACAACACAUACA